GCAGUGUUAGGUUAUAGUUGGACUCCAUGAUCUCCAUGGUCUCUCCCAACCAAAACGAUUCCACGAUUCUAUGACCGCUGAGGGGAUGAGGAGGGGGAGCCCUGCUCGCCCUGCCCCCCCAACUCUCGCGAGAUUCCGCCAGGCCACCGGCCAGUUCUCGCGAGGUUUCCGCCUGGCUGCGGGCAGCGGCAGCGGCAGCGGCGGGUCCAUGCGGUCGGAGCGGGAGGCCGGGCCGGGGCUUAUGCGGGGCGGCGGCCGCGAGAAGUGGCCCAUGGACACCCCGCUGCGACGGGAGUCGCCCCGCCGCGACCCGGAGGCUCCGCCAAACGCGCCGCCGCCGCCUCCUUCACCCCCGUCCCCGCUGCCGCCGCUUCACCCGACGCCGGUUAAACAGCGAGAUGAGAAAAAAACGGCUUUGAGCAAAGUAGUUAUUCGACGGCUUCCUCCUUGUCUAACUAAGGAGCAACUGGAGGAACAGCUACAUCCUCUACCUGCCCAUGAUUAUUUUGAGUUUUGCACUGCUGAUCCCAGCCUUUAUCCUCAUCUCUACUCAAGAGCAUACAUUAACUUUAGAAAUCCUGAGGACAUCCUUCUUUUUAGAGAUCGCUUUGAUGGCUAUGUCUUCAUUGAUAAUAAAGGUUUGGAGUAUCCUGCAGUGGUUGAAUUUGCACCGUUCCAGAAGAUUUCAAAAAAGAAGCUGAAGAAAAAAGAUACCAAAGCUGGGAGCAUUGAAGAUGAUCCAGAAUAUAGGAAAUUUUUAGAGAGUUAUUGUGCUGAUGAAGAGAAAAUCUGUGCCAAUCCUGAGAUUCUUUUGGGAGAGAUUGAGGCCAAAACAAGGGAACUCAUUGCUAGAAGAACAACACCCCUUUUGGAAUAUAUUAAAAAUAGAAAAUUAGAAAAGCAGAGAAUACGAGAAGAGAAAAGAGAAGAACGAAGGCGGAGAGAAUUGGAGAAGAAACGUCUGCGGGAAGAAGAGAAAAGGAAGCGCAGGGAAGAAGAAAGACGUAAAAGAAAAGAAGUGGAGAAGCAAAAGAAGAUUUCUGAAAAAGAAAUAAGAAUCAAGCUUCUCAAGAAGCCUGAAAAAGGAGAUGAACUGGCCAAUGAAAAACAAAAAGAAAAAGGUGAAGAUGACGACAUUGAAGAAAACAAGUGGGAUAAAUCACCUGGAUCUGGCAGUAUAAAAUCUAAAUCAUUGGAAGGUUCACUAAAAGAACUUAAGGAAAGGUCACAAAAUGACAGUGACAAAGAACAAAGAGAUUUGGAGAGAAGAUUUCGAGAAAAAGAACCUGAAAGACAAAGGUACCGACUGGAUGAUGGCAGAAAGCAUAGAGCUCACUAUGAGUUUGACAAGUUUGUGAGAAGGAAUGAAGAAGAGCUGAAGUGGGGGAAAGGAUGCAACCAAGACAGAGGAAAGAAAGGGAACUACAACUACAGCUUCACUGUGGAGGCAGUAGACAAACUGGGAUCGGCCAGCGAUGCAGUUGUACCAGCCAGGAGCUCGCAUUCGAACCCACACGGGAUCUACAAGUAAAACGUAUGAUUGCUGCGGGAAAUCCUUUGAAGAUGCUCUUGGUAAAAAGUAUGAGGCGGACAAUGCAGCUGGAGGUGCUUCUGAGAAGAGCGAAGAAGCAGAGUAAAACAAACUGGAGGAAAGACUUGUGAAGUGGGAUGAACUUAAGAUUCAGUGUCAUCAUAAAAAAUUCCUUAGGGCUGUUUCAAAGCUCCACAGGUGAUUGCACCAACAAAAUUACAAUAGCUCUGCCUCCUACUUUCUGCAAAAUAAAGGGAAGAGUGACUGGACACGCGUAAAGUAUCCCAGAGAAAAGGAAUAAGUAGUUGCUUUUUUACAAAAAGCAGAGCAAACACUAUUUGCCUAAUUUAAAAGCAGUUCCAUAUUUUAUUAGUUUUACCUUGAAAUAGAAAACCUCUAAUAAUUUUAAAGGAGUAUUUAUAUAAGGCUUUCCAGAAGCUAUUUCAUCUCUUCAAGUCUAAAGCACUGAAAUGUAGAUUUGCAUCAGUUGGAAAUCUGAGGCACUUUAAAUGUGUUUGGUGCGUGACGUGAGGGUCACAGGACCCCGUCCUGCUGGGGGUCGCAGUGGGAUCCGUGGGACCAGCCCUGGGAGGCAGCUCUGGAGUCAGCGGGGUUUGCAGGAGGAGGCCCACAGUUUGCCCAGCUGUGAGAAAUGGCCAUUGGUAUCUGUACCUCAUGGUGUUUACGUGGGUUUGCAAUUAGCUAUAGCAUCGGAUAAGUGUUCGUAAAGCUACAAGUGUGGUGUUGAUAGUUUGUCAUUUUCUGAACCACUUUUGCCUUUUAUGUUUUAAUAGGUUCUUGUGCUUAAAACAGGAAAAAGCUAACACAAACCUCAGCACUUAAACAAUAUAUCUGGUUUUAAUAAGCUGGUUUUUAUGUUUUUGACACUGACUUAAAAAAAACGUGGUUGUACAGUGAUGACUUUUUAUAUGCUAAUGUUUCAUAUAAGUUGCAGCAUUUGGAAAAUGUAUAAUACGUGAACGUUCUGCAAUUCUAUUUGUUAAAAAAGCACACAUGAAUGUCAACUACCAUUUUGUAAGUUCUAGGCAAAAUUCUGCUCUCUGAUAUGGGCCCAUAUUUAUAUAUAUAUGUGUGUAUAUGUAUAUCCUCCAUUGGUAUCAAUGACAGCUGCGUGUUUACAGAGGGGCAGAACAUGUUCAUUUGUCUCUCACGGCUGAAAAUUUCUCAGUUGUCUGAAACUGAGACCUGCUAUGUCAUUGAACUUAAAUAGUAAGAUAUUAAUUUAUUUUUACAUCCUCUUUGAACGUUUUAUUAUUAAGCGUAACAUCCAACUGUUCUAGACUGAAAUAUUAUUUAUUGUAUUUCCCAGAUAUUAAGCAUCAAAUAGAAUAAAAGCAAAAAGAUUUUGACUAUGA